AACGGAGCGGAAGCGGAUGUUUAUUGUGAUUAGCGCUCAGGCUAACAGCGGCUCAUUACGUGGAAGCGUACAAUAACAAACACAACACACCAAACUACUGAAUCUGCAGUGAAAACCAUCAGAAAUCACACACAUAUGCUCUUAAAAUGUGUAAUUAGACGUCUUUGUGUCAGUUAAAGCGAAUGCGAUGGAGUUAUUAGCGCUGAGGUGAUUGUGUUGCUCAUAACAGUCAGCCUCGUAUGUGAGGGAUCCGCAGUGAUGUCCUCCAAUCAGGGCUCGUCUCCGAUCGCUCAGUCCGGCGGCCCCAGUGAUGGGCUCUUCAGGAAGCCCAGGGACCCGUCGAUGGCCCCCAGACACUAUCGGACGCCGCGCUCCUUACCGGACGUCUGUCCUAAAGAGCCCACCGGUGAGGGUCGUGCUCUCUGUGACGGGCCGUCCGUUGUGGCCGACCAGCACCGCUGGACUGUGUAUAACUCUAAAGUGAACCUCCCCGCGGCCCUGAACGACCCCAGGCUGGCCAAGAGAGAGUCGGACUUCUUCACUAAGACGUGGGGCCUGGACUUCACCGAGACUGACGUCAUGCCUUCAUUCUACCUGCCCAACAUCAGCCGAGAACACUUCAGCUCCUACCUGCAGGAGACGGCUCAGAGGGAGAGGAUUCACGAACGCUGUAAGAACAUUUGCCCGAGCAAAGACGAUCUGUCAGUGCCCACCAUCACCAAUAAUCACGAUAAAGCCAGAGCUGAACUGGAGCAGGUGCCCAAGAUCUUCAUGAAGCCUGAGUUUGUGCUGAAUGAUCCAGCCACGUUUAACGCCGUGUUGCCGUGGUCUCACUUCAGCGUCGCUGGGGGCAAGAACAGCCGAGAUGUUGCAUCGUCACGGUUACUGCAGGAAAAGUUGAGUCACUAUCUGGACGUGGUGGAGGUGAGCAUCGCUCGGCAGAUCUCUCUCCGCUCCGAGGCCUUUUUCCACGCCAUGUCGUCGCAGCACGAGCUCCAGGACCGUCUGCGAGAAACGGCGGACGCUGUGGCUAAGCUCCGCGCGCGCACCGCUGCCAUCGACCGCGUGAUGUGCCGCGGGCCGCUGCGAGCGCUGCGGGACGCCCUGACCCACAACAACUGCAUUAAACUACACAACAAACUCAAGCUGAUGGCCGCCGUGCACCAGACGCAGCCCACGGUGCAGCUGCUCCUCUCCACCUCAGAGUUCGUGGGGGCGCUGGAGCUCAUCGCCACCACCAAAGAAGUGCUGCAGCAGGAACUGCAGGGGAUUCACAGCUUCAGACAUUUGGGUUCUCAGCUCUGUGAGAUGGAGAGGUUGAUCGAUAAGAUGAUGGUGGCCGAUUUCUCCACGUAUGCUCAGAGCGAUCUCAAUAGACCCUUCGAGGAGGACAGUCAGGUCCUGGAGAAGGUCACAGAGCAGCCUGCAGCUUCAGGAAAGGAUCGCUUGCAGUCUCUGGUCUUUGGCCUGUUGAGACAGAGGAAGCUGGAUUUCCUGGACAUCUACAGCGAGGAGAUGGUGCGCGCCGCCAAGAACGUCGUUCGACAGUGUGUUGUGAAGUCCGUGUCGCAGAUCAGUGAGAUCGAUGCAGACACUGUCAAGUUUCAUGAGCAGAUGCGCUUGAUGACGUUUCAUCAGUGGUUUGAUCUGCUGCUGGAUAUUUUUGAACACUUCAUCCUGUUCCUCAAGAGGAUCAAGGCUACGCUCAGCGUAAUCCGCAACGUGGUGCUGGAGGUGCUGGACAGCAGCCAGAGGAGUCGGCUAGCAGACGUUUCCUCGGCAACCAAUCAUUCUGACGGCAGGACCAAUGAGGACGAAGAGGAGGAGGAGUCCGUAGGCGGAGAGGCGGAGCUGGCGUAUCUCACGCACGAGGGGCUGUUCAUCAGCGAUGCGCUGAAUGAAGCGGAGCAGCGCAGUAACGCGGCAGCACAUGCGCAGACGAGAGCGCAGACACGCACAGACGCCUGCGGGAGCGACUCGGCCUCCGCAACCACCGAAUCUUCCUCCAGCAGGGAACACAACUCCAACACUACCUCCUCCGUGCCCAUAGGGGGCGCUGCUGCGAUCAGUGAGGACGUGAUGCCGUCUGAUCUGGAGUUGGGUCGGGUGGCCAAUAACGUUCAGGAGCUGCUGUACACCGCCUCAGAUGUCAGUCACGACCGCUGCAUCAAAGUGCUCAUGACGCGAGCCAAGGACGGCUCUCUGGAGCGCCUGAGCUCGUCAGAGUUUGUGUGUUUGAGUCAGGCGGUGGAGUCGUUCGUCUCAGACACGGAGGAGCUGUGCGGCCGUCGCAGCGUGAGCCUGAGGGGGGCGCUGCAGAGUCAGGCCUACCGCUUCGUGCAGCGCUUCCACGAGGAGCGCAAGACUAAACUCAGUCUGCUGCUGGAUAACGAGCGCUGGAAGCAGGCCGAGGUCCCGGCUGAGUUUCAGGAUCUGGUGGACUCCAUCGCUGACGGACGCAUCACACUGCCUGACCGCAAACCCACUGGGUCCGAGGACAGGAAGCCCAGUGAGUUUCUGUGUGUCGAUGGGGAGAAGUAUGCUGUGGUCGGGACGGUGCUGCUGCUGAUCCGGAUGUUUCUGGAGUACUGCCAGUGUGUGAACGACAUUCCCUCCAUCACCUCCGACAUCCUCACGCGCCUCGCCGACCUGCUCAAGCACUUCAACUCCCGCAGCUGUCAGCUGGUGCUGGGGGCGGGAGCUCUGCAGGUGGUCGGCCUGAAAACCAUCACCACCAGAAACCUGGCUCUGGCGUCUCGCUGUCUUCAGCUGGUGGUUCACUACAUCCCUGUGAUCCGAGCGCACUUUGAGACCAGACUGCAGCCCAAACAGUACAGCAUACUGAGACACUUCGGCCACAUCACCAAGGACUAUAAUGAUCACAUCGCAGAGGUCUCUGCUAAACUAGUGGCCAUCAUGGACAGCAUGUUUGAGAAGGCUCUGUCUAAGUAUGAGGUGAAGGCACCGAUGCCGUCUGCGUGUUUGCGUAACGUGUGUAAACAGAUGGCCAAAAUGCACGAGGCCAUUCAUGAACUCUUACCGGAGGAGCAGACGCAGAUGCUGUUCCUCAGGAUAAACGCCAGCUUUAAGCUGCAUCUGAAGAGACAGUUAGCGCGGCUGGGAGUCGUCAAUGACGGCGGACCUCAGAAUGGGCUGGUGAUGGUGGACGUGGCGUUUUACUCGGAGAACGUGCAGGCUCUGCGCUCUCUGGAGCGUCUGGACUUAAACAUGCCGGAGAUCUGGGAGCAGAAAAGGUGAUGAUGGACAGCUUGUCCCGGCCAAUCAGGCCUCUCCGUCACGCCUGCCAUCACGGUGACCAGCUCCGAGGUCAGUGGAUGAACAGACUCGGGACUCGAGGUCUGGUUUGUUUCAAUACCUCUGUGACACUGGAGUGAUCCAGCAGCGCUCCUUCCCCAAUCACUGACGCGCUCUUCACCUGUGACUGAGAGACUCCCGCGCUAACAGGACAGAUUUCUUACGGAGAUUAAAUCAGGACAAGCUCGAGUGCAGCUGGGAAUUGUGGGGAAUAAGUUGUUUUGUUGUCGUAAAGCUGAGACGCGUCCUCAGUGCCUCCUUCAGUACCGCCACUACAGUGCAACUCUCCAUUCGUGUGCAAUCCUGUCUGAUUAUUGUUAUUAUUAUUAUUACUGCUGAAUUAUUUAAUCACAGAGGAAUCAAGGAAUGGUUAUUUAUUUUAAUAGAUUUUGAUGUUGAUUGAGCAAUCAUGUUUUUGUUUUUUUUCACAUAAAGCUUUCAGGUGAUAACGGCCGGUUGGAGAACUAGUACUAAAAAGGGUUUUAAACACAUUUUGCUGACUUGUUCUCUGAUUUUCCACCAACAUGAAUAUGAUUUUAAUGGCUGCUUUUGGUUUUCAUGUUCAGAGUCGCUGAGUUGAUGUAUUAAACUCUGGAGGGUUAAAGGACAAGGAUUCUAGUCCAUUUUUAUCGGGAGAGUCUGACUAUUUAAAUGAAUAGUAUAGUAUCAUACUUUAUAUGGUCUGCAUGGAGAAGAUCUGCUGUACUCAUCUUCAAACUCAACAAAAUCAGAUAAAGCCUUUUACGAUAAUCAGGCUUAGAUUAGUGCUGUCAAACGAUUAAUCGCAUACACAAUAAUAGCUUUUGUUUACAUAAUAUAUGUGUGUGUGCUGUGUAUAUUAUGUAUAAAUAAAUACACACAAAUUCAUGUAUGUAUAUAUUUAAGAAAAAAAAUUAUUUAUAUAUUUAUAUAAAUAUUAAUGCAUGUAUAUAUUUUCAAAAUAUAUACUGUGUGUGUGUGUGUAUUUAUUUAUAUAUAUAUAUAUACAUAAUAUAUGUGUGCGCACUGUGCAUAUUUACUAUGUAAACAAAAACUUUUAUUUUGGAUCAUGCGAUUAAUCGUUUGACAGCACUAGUUUAAAUACAAAAACUCUUCAAGAUAUUGGUUACACUGACUCCCGGAACCCUCUUAUGCUAAAUUAUGAAAUGUAAUUUAAGUCGGAGGAGAAAUGAAGAAGAGAGAGUUUCUGUGUUCACGCAAAGAUUCAGCCAAGUCUUAAAAUGAAAGGAUUCUUCAUGAAGAUUCAUCAUUAUAACUUCAUGUCCAUGCAGACUAGAGCAUUAACUCGAUUUCUCCAGCAUCCACAGUAUUACUGUAACCCCGCCUCCUCUCCUGUCUAAUUUGAAUAAAUCGAGGCCUGUGAUUGGUUGGUGUGAAUGGAGACCGUUUUUAAAUCACAUAUUGUUUUGCUGUGAGCUUCUGUCAUUGACGAUGGGCUUCUCUUCAGGAGGAUCCAUGUAUCGCUUUAUUUAACACUUGUUCUGUCCGGUUCAAAAGUGCCUAACCUUUUAUUUGGUAUCAAAAACUUCUGACUCAAACUGUACAUUUGUGGGCUACAGUGCCUAAUCUGUGUCUGUGUGUGUGUGUGUGUGUGUGUGUGUGAGACUGAAUGAAUGAGUGUGUGUUUUGAGGGCCCUCCUUGCGGCAAAGAAAUAUACUGAUGGGAAACUCUUGUGGCAUGCUUGACCUUUUAAAACGUGGCACUUUUUAUUAUUAAUAAAGCCACAGUGAA